AUAGUCUCUGUCGAGAGAUUGUUUAGCGAUUAGGGACGAAAAACAUGCAGUCGGUGAGUAUUUGAACAUUGUCCAGGAUACAUAUGGGCCUCGCCAAACACAUCCACUUCAUCAUCAUCAUCAUCUUCGUGCUCAGACAGAUGAUGAGAUGGAAUCGUGGGCGAUGGUUAAUCGCCCCGAUUCACGUCAUCAGUUGUCUGGGUUUCGUCUAUGAGAUUGGUAUUCCUGUUAGAGAUCGGUCUGCUGCUUCCAAGCGUUGAGAGGGGUACAGUCCUGUCGUUUCAUAUCGAACCCGUCAGACUCGAGCGAGAUGAUAGCAGGAUUAUAUCUUGGACGUUCAAACUGUGGAGAAUCAAAGUCGAAGAGGCCCGUGUCACCGUCUUAUCCACGACUCCGAUCCUCUCAACAUGGUCAAUUGUUCCGCCAUCGUUCGUGUCCCUUUGUGUCGUCGUCAUCUUGUACGGUUGUACCACGAUUUACUGGGUAUUCCUCGAUUGGAAUCAUCUUUGCGAUUACUACGAUGACUUCCAAUUUGUCUAA